CUCGAGGCGGGGCAAAGAGGCAGGCAGAGAUUUCUUUUAAACCACUUCACAGUGCAGGCGAAGGCCGGUCCAGGCGGCAGGAGCAGCCGCCGCCCCUUCGCAAAAGCUGCGGGGUGAGGUGAGGGAUGAACAGCGCGGUUCCUGUCAGGGGCUGAGGGAGGGCCGGCUUCUGCCCCUUCCUCGCGUGUAGCAGAGCAGGGACGAGAAGGGACAAUGAACGGCCCCGAGAGCAUCAACUUCAGGCGACUGGCCAUCCGGAGGAAAUCCAACCCUACUCUGCACAGCGCGGCCUUGGUUUUCUUCCAGGGGACCGCGGGCGCUUCGCCUGCUUCAAGUCAGGAGCGAAGGAGAGACACUUGGAAGGAAGCGAAGCCAGCCCCGGCAGGUGGCAGUUCAUGUCCAAAGAUCUUCAUAACUCCACCUUGUUCGGCAAACAGCACAGCGAGGCUAUAUCAGCCAAACAUCUGCAAUGAAGUGGCUCAGGGAAUAAAUGGAAACGUGCCAGUUAAAAACUCCCCACGGCCAGCUUCAAAUCCAAAGCCACAAGUGCCUCCAAAGCCAUUGCACCUGCAGAAUUCACAGUCAUCCAUUGCCCACCAAACACCUAGGCAUAAAGCUUUAUAUACUACGAAGCCAAGAAUGGAGGAAGUUACACCUACCUCUUCUUGUGUAUCAAAAGAAAAAUCUAGUAAAGUGUCUGAUCUCAUCAGUCAUUUUGAAGGAGGCAGCCCAUCCAUUCCUAGUGAGCUGAAGAAAGAAUCCUCUGUCCUAAAUGUUGCUAAAUCUCAAGGAAAGCAUGGGUCAGCACCAUCACUUCAGCCAAAAUUCCUCACCCAACACCCACUACAGAAGCAGGGAAAUAGUACAGAUCAAUCUCAGGAUGUACAGAAUCGCACAGCCAAUGGAGUAGUAGCACAGAAAAAAUUGGACUGCAGGGACAGCACGUUGUCAUUUCUUAAUGCCAGUAGGGCCAUUCAGAAAGACAAUGCUUCUUUCGACAGCAGCUUGGUAAAUGGAGAAAGAGAGAGCACUAGUACAGAGUCACUGCAAACUGCAGAGGCCUGCAAAGGGCAAACCAUCAAUAACUGCUGCCGGACGCCAAGUGAGAACAUGUUCCCAUUUGGAAAAGAAACUGUAGAAAUGAUUACCAAUACAGAGGAUAAGCAGGUUGAGGAGCACAAUAAGCAAGACUCAAGUGUGGAGACAAAGGAGACAAAUGAACAGAAAUGUUACAAAAUUGCCAAUGAACUUUUGCACACUGAAAGAGCUUAUGUCAGCAGACUUGCUCUCUUGGAUCAGGUAUUUUAUUGUAAACUGGUAGAUGAAGCUAACCGGGGGUCAUUUCCUGCUGAAGUUGUUAAUAAAAUAUUUUCCAAUAUUUCAUCCAUAAAUCAAUUCCACAGUCAAUUCUUGCUGCCAGAGCUUGAGAAAAGAAUGCAAGAAUGGGACACAAACCCCAGGAUCAGUGAUAUCCUGCAGAAAUUAGCUCCUUUCCUCAAGAUGUAUGGAGAAUAUGUGAAGAAUUUUGACAAUGCAAUGGAAUUGGUUAAAACGUGGACUGAACGAUCACCUCACUUCAAAUCCAUUAUUCAAGAUAUUCAGAAACAGAAAGUCUGUGGAAAUCUGACCCUGCAACAUCAUAUGCUAGAACCAGUGCAACGCAUUCCACGGUAUGAGAUGCUCCUGAAGGACUACCUAAGAAAAUUGCCUCAAGACUCUCUAGACUGGAAGGAUGCUGAAAAAUCCUUGGAAAUAAUAUCCACAGCAGCAAGUCACUCCAAUAGUGCCAUCCGAAAAAUGGAAAACUUGAAGAAGUUACUGGAGGUUUAUGAAAUGUUAGGAGAAGAAGAAGAUAUUGUCAAUCCUUCAAAUGAGCUCAUAAAAGAAGGACAGAUACUUAAACUUGCUGCUCGUAAUACAUCUGCCCAAGAAAGAUACCUUUUCUUAUUCAACAACAUGUUGCUAUACUGUGUCCCCAAAUUCAGCUUAGUGGGAUCUAAGUUCACAGUUCGGACAAGAGUUGGUAUUGAUGGUAUGAAGAUUGUGGAAACUCACAAUGAAGAAUACCCAUACACAUUCCAAGUGUCUGGAAAAGAGCGAACUUUGGAGUUGCAGGCCAGUUCAGAACAAGACAAAGAAGAAUGGAUAAAGGCUCUUCAGUGUACUAUAGAUGCUUUCCAGCAAAGGAAUGAAACAUUCAGAAAUGCUAUUGCAAAAGAAUAUGACGACAUGCCUAUUGAAGUUUCUACUGCUGAACUUGGGAAGAGAGCACCAAGAUGGAUUCGAGACAAUGAAGUGACCAUGUGCAUGAAAUGCAAGGAGUCCUUCAACGCGCUGACAAGGAGGAGGCAUCAUUGCCGAGCAUGUGGGCAUGUGGUUUGCUGGAAAUGUUCUGAUUACAAAGCUCAUCUUGAGUAUGAUAGCAAUAAACUGAACAAGGUUUGUAAAGACUGCUACCACAUUAUAACAGGGUGCACAGACAGUGAAGAAAAGAAAAAGAGAGGAAUCUUAGAGAUUGAAUCAGCAGAAGUGUCUGGCAACAGUGUGAUAUGUAGUUUUCUCCAAUAUUUGGAAAAAUCCAAGACUUGGCAAAAGGCCUGGUGUGUGAUUCCAAAACAGGAAGCCCUUGUGUUGUAUAUGUACGGUGCUCCACAGGAUGUGAAAGCACUGGCUACUAUUCCAUUGUUGGGAUAUGCAGUCGAUGACACUCCAAGAAGUGCUGACCUGCCACACAGUUUCAAAUUGACUCAGUCCAAGUCUGUGCAUAGCUUUGCUGCAGAUAAUGAGGAACUGAAGCAGAAGUGGUUGAAAGUCAUCCUUUUGGCUGUCAAAGGUGAAACGCCAGACUGCCCAAAUGAUUUGCAGAUGGGUUUGGAGGAUCUGCAUGAAAACUCUGCAAAAUUGGAAUCUGAAACUUAACACAAGUGGUCUGUAAGAUAUAUUUUUCCCCACUCAAAUGUGGGGUGACACUACUUCUGAAAAAAAACAAAGAAGAAGCCAGCCUUCCUAACUCUACCAUAUUUCUUAGCACUUUAUGUUGGAAAAGAAAAAAAUGUUCAUCUUUUUAGAGAACCUUUUCUUAUAUUUGUUGUGUCAAUAAAAUUAAUGUACAGAGCCAUUCCACAUUUUUCUUUUUAUUAAAUGAAUGUCUUCAUCAAACGUUGCCAAUAUUACUGUACUACUACUUUUUCUAAGAAAAUAACAUCAUAUGAAAGGUAAGCUAUUGGCCAAGAAAUAGCUGUUUUUCAUUAUGAUGUCAGUACUGGUAUAUCUUGGUUCUUUUCUCGGAUUCAUAGCUAUGUAUUUAAAAGAUAUACCUCUACAUUGCCAAAAUAGAUGUGUAGUGGAAUGUAAAGACAGUUUGGCUUGUUGUAUCUAAAUUCUAGCACUAUCUACACUGACUUGUACAUAGAUUCCAUCAGUUUGUGUUUGAGAACAGAAGAAAUACCCAGAGUGUCUAAAAUUUCAAAUUAUAAAAAAAAAACCUCAUUCUUUUCCAUUUUAAAAUGUAUUAAACAGUAAGUACAAUAUAUAAUAUUUGCAGGGUAUGUUAUUAGAGUGAAAUUGUACAAUACCUAAUUUUGAUUUGACUUCAUGAUGUUAGAUUCAUGCUAGCCUAUAAUUUAUUUUAAAAUAAAGCAUGCAUCCUCCUGAAAAUUUAAGAAGGGGAUUCUAAAUUAAAAGCAACUAGUGACUUGUUUAUAUCUAAUGGUAUUGAUAUUUUUAUAUAUUAAUAUAGAGCUUCAAAAGUAGCAGUAAUUCAGAUGGCAUGUAAUGGAUAUGUAACUUCUAGCUGUGUUUUGAAAAGCAUAAAGACUCCUCUUCUCAGUCCUGUGCCUGUUACCUUUGGUAGGUGGUGCUACCUUUUUAAAAUUACAAGUGCUUCAAUAAUUAAUAUACUGGUCUUAAAUGAUCACUUGUGAUCAUGUACGUUGCCUUUAUAGCUGGUCACUAACACUCAGACCUUAAAAUUAGGGUUCAGUUUGGACAGCAUGCCAAUUAAUGGCUAAGAAAGAAUAAAUAUAGCUUGUGAUAUCUGAAUGGACAAACCAUGGUUUGUGACUGCCAGCAAAAACACAAUUGAGCCAUGUUUUGUGCAAACUAUAGCUUGACAAAAUGUUUUAAAUCUACAGGUCAUAGUUAAAGCCCCAUUUCUCUCCUUUCAGGGGCCACUGUAUUGAAAAAGUAGAAUGUUAAAUGCCUAAAAGAUGAGAGCCAACAAACUUCUCUACACCAUAGUUUGUACUUUUGCAAGCUCAAACUCUGGUUUUGGUUCUAAAAUUUCAUUAGCAAAAACUAUGAUUUGACAUGGUAACUGAACUAAGCCUUUAUAACUCUCAUUAACCAUAUAGAUGUUGUAACAGUUAAUACUACUGUAUUGACUGUAUUAUGUGAUCCAUACACCCAUUAAAAUAGGUGACAUAUAUGCCAUUGGCAUCUAUGAUAUGUGACUGCACCCACCAUCUGCAUGGAUUAUUAUACACUGUAUUGUGUAAUGUAAUAUAUAUGAAUUCUGAUUUUGCAAUACUGAGGGAGUAAUUUCUUUAAAACCUGUGUGCUUGAAUCUUACUUUAGUAAAUAAAGGAUUUUUAGCUAAGUGUAUCUUAUGCUACAAUCCUAUACUCGCUUACCUAAGAGUAAGCCUGUUUGACAACAGUGGCACUUGCUCCUGAGAAGGCAUGUAUAGGAUUGCAAUGCAAAUUAAAUUUCACAGUAUUGAGCCAAUUAAUCAUAGUAACAACUUUAUUGUAAUGUACUAAUUAUUCAAAACAAUUGUCUCACACUUUUGGGAUGGUAUACAAUAACUUAAACCAAUAAUAUUGGCAAUUAGAAAUCCAAAUUAAAUUUCCAGUAUUUGACUGGAAAACACAUACACAACUAGUUGAAGCAUUCUCUGCUAAAUAGCCACCAUUAAGUGAUACAAAAUGAGAAAAUCAUUACUAAAAGUACAUUUGGAGAUGUGUCUAGACUCUGUAAAUCACAUUUUAAA